AUGCCGCCGAGAAAGAAACAGCGCGGGGCAGCGCUGGCGCAGUCUUUCGCAGCCGGGGCAGCAACGCCCGUCAAUGCCACAUCUGUUGAUGCGCUGCACCAAGUUCAGCGAGAUUGCGCAACGCUUGUUGAGGACCUGUACUCAUUGAGGCACGCCACAGAGACUGACGUCUACUCAGAGCCUCGUGGCAUCCUACCACUUGAGGGGAAUGGGCUGUUUCCGUGGCCCGUUUUACACGGUGGCACGUUCAAAGAAAUUGCCGAACGUGCUAUGAAGGACACUGACUUACUUGUGAACAUCUCCACAGAGCUUUGCUUCCACCUCGGUCUUCUUGAUGUCCAAGAUGAUGCUGAGUUUUUGCAGCAGUUUUGCAAAAUCGAUGUAUGGCCACCUGAGAAAUCCGAGAGCUUCCAGACAUCAGUGCUCUCUUGGUCGUACUCGGAUCAUGCAUUUUGGCGUGGGCCAUCCGUGGCCAUGAGCGAGGUUGUGAACUUUGCCCAUUCGAUUGCGUCCAGCCGCUUCAGAGAGGGAGAGACCGUGACACUUCGCUUGCCUUGCGGGACAUUGAAGCCGGUGAACCUGGCGCUUGGCAGUUUGUACUUCAAUGAUGGAUCCCAGAAGACCCUUGGUGGAUUCAUCGUGUGGAUCUGCUUGUGCAUCGCUUCAAAGCUGAGCCACAACGAGGGCAAACUUGGGGACAGUCCAAGUCUUCAGGCUUUUGCUAGCUCACUUCUUCGGAUCAGGACGGUCCUGAAGGGUAGUUCAGGGAGCUAUGCAGAUGAUGUUGAUUCCGCUGUGGCACGAAUCGUAAAGCAGAACAUCGACGCCCGAGUACAACCAGUGAGCUCACUGGCAUGGUGCGCCAUUUUGCGCCAACUGAGUGAUGGAGUUGCAAACACCUAUGAAAGUGCUAUGCUGCGGUACAACUCUCACCCAGAAGUAGUUGCUCUCGAAGCAUCUGGCGGAGCCGGACCUAUUUCCCUCGACAACCGCAAGAAGCAGGCGGUCAAGCACCUGCUUCAAUCCACAAGCCCUGAAGCAUUCGGUCAGAUGAUCAGUUCCACACACGAUCUACCCUUCAACCAGGGCCCCUAUGGAGAAGGGUUUUGCUCCAUGCCGGGCAUGUUCAUUGGCAGUGUGGCGAAAUUGGACCCCUUGGACCCGGAGAUGGACACCAUCAGCCCCCAGCCACUUCCCCACGAGUCGUUCAUCACGCUGGACUGGACCCUUCCAUUGAGCGCAGAGGGCCAGAGGUUGCUGUUCACAAGGGUGCGGAAGACUUUCGAUCGCGUGACCGGAAUGGUGCCAACCCAUUUGAAAAAAAAGUACAGGUUGACAACGGAAGAGUUGCUUCGGAUGAGGAACUUGGUCGCUUUGUUUUCCCAGAUUUCUGGGAACAUUCAGUCGAGAACGACUCCAGAGGAGUUUGGCCAGUGGAUCUCUGAUGUGGAAAGUGGUCUGGGCCGAGAUGAAGAUUUGCUUCAUUUGAUACAUCGCCGUCCCCAGACCUUCUCCAUGUCGAUGCUUUUGUCACACCAGGACAAAGCGAAAGAUGAUUUGCAGGAGACUGAGCGGAAGAAAACAGAGCUGGUUGAGACUCAAAGGCAGGAAGUGGUUGCUGCCCAGUUCCGAUACUUUUGCACUGCUUUGGAGCAAGAUCACACGCUCAUGGAGACCGUUCAGAAAGCCCCCGCCGCGGACAAGUACUUGCGAGUAAUGGCAUGUGACUCUGCGCAGCUUGCAAAAUCCGAGAUCAGCAAGAUCAAGCUUCAGAUCGCAACUGGUUGUGGAACCAGAACCCACUUUGACAUUUGUUUCCCCAUUCAACUUUUGCUAGAGGCGGAAGACAGUGGAGUUGGAUUGGAUAUGGUUUCCACGGUUGGCUUCAUUGACUUCAAUGUCCCCGGCGCUAGGGGUGGCAAGGCAGUCCAGGCGCUCACCCAGGCAAUGUCGAUUGUGAACGACACUGGGAAUCCUGCUUUGAAUUGCACCCUGAUGUGCCUUCCGGACCAUGCCAGAGACAGCUGUUUGCGUGGACUUUUUGACGAAGAAAAGGGCAUUCUAGAGGCAUGCUUCGGGCUUCGUCAACACGUUGAAACGCGUUGGAUCGACUUGCUCACGAGGGAAAAACAUGUUGAAGGCAGGAGCAAUGUCCGAAGGUUCAGCAGUGGACGCAUAGUGGUCAACGGUGACACCAUCGAAUCCAACCAGUGGCUUCAGAGCGAGUUGGCAGUCUGUGGGCGCCCGGUUUCCGCAAACGAAGGAGUUGUUGGGGCACCUACAUCAGUGCUGCCCAAAGCUUCAAGCCUCCUCCUGCCAGAGUCUGCCUCGCCGGAGUCUGACCUUCGCUUGUCAGAGAGGUCCCGUCCCUCUCCUGAGCAGCAAAGCGCACAGGAGGGAGCGUCUCGGCUACAGCUCCUCCUGGAGAGCUUGAUUAAGUACACUCCUUUGAAGGGCCCUGUGCUGGUGGUAAACUGGACUGGGUAUGUGGAGGAACUGGCUCUUGCUGUACUGAAUCUUCGCACGAAAGGCAGUGUGUCUGGGGAGCUCGGCUUCAGCUUUGCAGAUAUGUGGUAUUUGUCUGUCCACACGCUGGACACAGCAAGUGGCAACGAGUAUGCUCGUCGCCGAGUGGCGCGGGAAUUGCUGGACGCGUGGCUUUCGAAGCGCCUUGAAGUUGAGGGGCGCCGGUACGAUGACACUGAGAUCACUUUGAGUACGACAAUUGUUGUACACCCGGACCAAGUACGACAGUGGACAAAUGCCGGAAGUGAGUUUGGCGAGAAGUUUGCUACGUUGAAAGCUGACCACGAUGCCCGCUACAUGCGCAUGCUGAAAGAUGCGAUCUCUUCUCAGGGCGGAGCUUCGGGAGCGAACCCCCCCCAGCCAGUGGCAGAUGAUGGUGAUGUUGACGGUGGUGCCACUCCUGAUGCUCCUGGUCCUACAGAUUCUGGUGAGGAUGCACCUGGACCUGUGACCUUUUCUUCUGAGCAGAAGCUCGCUGAGGUUGACCCCAUCCUGUCCUGCUGUCAAUCAGAGGUCAGUGGCAUUGAGCUCAUUCGGACCAAGUCGGGAAAAUUGUACUUGAUUUCGCAGAAAGAGCGGGUUCUUGCCAAGUGGACUUUGCUUGGAGGAUACGGAACAGGAAAGUAUGUGGCUUGUGCGGAUGGCCAGAGCGGAGUGGAACUCGUGUGGCCAGAGGGAGACCGCACACAGUGUCUCAUGGACAUGUCAUCCAUCAACGCCGAGUCGACUCAGGUUGAAUGCCUUACACUGUACAAACUUCUUGUGCACUUGGAAUCCGUCAAGAAGGUGGCAUCCCACAAGCUGUCCUAUACCGAGGUCACUCGCGUCACAGACUCCACUUCCAGCUCUCCCGAUUCAUUCAAGGUGACGCUCAAGGAUCGGAUGCAGUACCAGUGUAUGGCAGACACCACUAAGUCUGCCACGAUGAAAAACUUCUUCAGCCAGAGCGUGGCGGCAGUUAGCAGCUCCAAGUGUGUGCGAGGCGUAUUUCGGUGGAGGUUCGAGCGGGUACACGCCUGCCUGAAAAUUCAGAAACCAUACGUGCUGACAUCCAAGGCUCUUAGCCUCAAGGCCAAGGAGCCGGUAGAGAUCGCCUAG